AUGAACAACAUCAAACAGUUUCUCUUAGCCAUUUUUAUAUAUCUUGUUUUAACAUUUCAUGAUCGUGUAUUAGCAAGCAGCACGACCACCAGAGACAUCAUAGUCCCGAAGAUUUCUGACUGGCAAAUCACGGUGGUCAACGGUUUAAUCACCAGUGAAACUCUCUUCGUCCAUUGUAAAUCUAAAGACGACGACUUAGGCGAACAAAAUCUGCAUCUGGGAGAUAGAUUUUCUUGGAAUUUUGGAGAAAAUAUGCUUCACUCAACGUUAUUUUGGUGCUACUUGAGUAAAGAUGAUGGUCAUAUGAAUGUGAAAGUGUUUUGGGAUGAUGUAAUCUUGUUUCAUAGAUGCGGUUGGGAAAAAUGCGUUUGGACCGCUAAAACUGAUGGGCUUUAUCUUUGGAACUCUGCUAUUGGUGAAGACUUAUUACUAGAGAAAUGGGAAACUGGGUGGUGA